AUGUCUUCAACCCAAUCAGCACAUCUUCUGAACUUGCCGCUCGAGAUCAGGUUCAUCAUAUAUGAAAGCUUGUUCGAGACAACUUUCGAAUCUCUCCAAGGUCGGGAGCAGAAGCUGUCGCACCCGCUCAUCUCCGUAUGCAAGCAGCUACGUCAAGAAUCUCUGCCUAUACUCAUGAGUGGCUUCGAGUUGACUCUCUCCACUAUGAACGGCCAGAAUUCAGUGCUUACACAUGGUCUGGAUGAUAUGGAUCGACUCAGUUUCAGACCUCUCGUUACCGCCGGCAGAAGAACACUGUCAUGUUUGCCGGGUACACUCCGCUCCUGGAACCACUUCUGCAAUACUGACAUGGUUUACCUCGUGCCUCUCUGCGGUCAAAUACAUAUCUGGUCCUCUUUUAUGAACAUCGGCGUCUCCAUCACACCCCAGAAAAACACCUUUCCUCUGAUCCGAAUCUCUGACCCAGAUGGAAAGGACAUAGAAGGCAUGAAUGACCUGAUGUCCGACACGUUAGGUAUGGUUACGCCCUUGACUGCCUGGUUAUUGAAGCAGAAAUUGCACGAAGCUCUAACUGAAUGGACGUGUCUCUGUUCAACAAUCCCUAUGAGUGUGGAUGUCGUCAACAAGAUCGUCCGCGAACUGGAUCAUAUCUUGUUCCGAGCGUUAAGGUGCGACAAACAUGAAAGAAGUAUUGAGUGGUACUUCUCCGUUAGGCGCCUAGUGCGAAGAGGUAUAGUCGACGGCGCCAAUUGGAGAGAAACUCUGUUAGCUGGUCUCAGAAGCGAGUGGCACGGUCGCGGAUAG